AUGUCGAGCCAAGAUAAAAGCCAGAAUUUUGAUGGCUUGAAGCAGACAGGAAAGGUUAAAGAUUUCAAUGCACAAUUUGACCUGGGGGUGGCCAAUUUGCCAGCCGGUCAAUUCUCCGAGCAAGCGAAGGUAGAUAGUUAUGUUCAGAAGUUGAAAUAUCCCGUUAGAAACGAAGUGAAGUACAGAUACCCGGAUGAUAUAGUAGAAGCGCAGAAUAUAGCAUUAGCGUUUGAGAAGCCGGUAUAUCAACCAAGAAGAUCCAAUAAGAAUAAUGGAGGGAAGAAUUGA